AUGCUCGGACAAGUCUCGAGAACAUCAUUCAAGCCAGGGCUGAAGCUUUUCAUCGAUUUGCGAACCAAACAGGGUAUUCGAUUUCUCUCCUCGGACGGGGAGUCGCACAAGAGGCAGAGACCGCAGCCUAGGAGCUUAAACUUGUCUAUCCCCUCGUAUGUCGUGUGGGGCUCCGGCACCAAUGUGGGAAAGACUUUGAUAUCAGCAGGAAUCUGCAACUUUCUUAGCAAGGAUCAGGCAAGGAUGGUCGGCAGACGGGUUGUGGUGAUCCUUCAUGACAGGAGAGGAUUCCCUGAAGACUCAGAUGCAGACACUGUAGCUGCUGUUUGCGGAGGAAGGAGUGAGGUGGGAGAGCAUGCGUCCCAGAUCUUGAUCAACGGACCUGAAGUCUCGUACUUCCCUGAUCUUCUUCACCAAGAUCAAGCAUGCAACGUGCUGGCAAGGACCGAGUUCGCCUGGUCGCAUGCUGUCGGCCCCCACCUGGCCGUGCAGAUGGAGGGGAGGGCAGUUUCCGACGAGCAGAUUCUGCAGCGGCUGCAAGAGGAGCUGAGCACCUUCGGGGAGAGAGGGGGAGGCGCGAAGAAGUUUGCUAUCAUCGAGACAGCAGGCGCUGUCAACAGUCCUGCCCCUUCGGGCACCAGCCAAGUGGACUUGCUGCGGGACUUGCGACUUCCGGGGAUCCUAAUAGGAGACGGACAGAUCGGAGGAAUAUCAAGCACAGUCUCAGGCAAGGGGAUGGGGACAGGAGGAGGAGGCGAGAAGGAUUGGAGGGCGAUGGAGAGUCUGCUCCUGCGGGGAAUAGACAUCUCUUGCAUCGUUAUGCUCGACAUGGGGCUGAGAAACGAGGAAGCAGUCGCAAAUAUGGUGAAGAAAGGGUUUGGAGGGUAUACAGGGAAAAGCAUUCCAGUCUUCGGCCUGCCUCCUCUCCCUCGCCGGAGAUCAAACUUCUCCGCUGCUGCCCUGAGGUCAUGGUUUCUGCAGUGCCAGGACAAGUUCGAAAAGGUCACUAAGUUGAUGGAGGCGGAUCACAAAGAACGCCUGCAGCUUCUUGCGUCUGCAGAGGAGCGAGCGAGAAGCUCCGUCUGGUGGCCCUUCACUCAGCAUGACCUCGUGCAGUCGGUCACACACAUUGAUGCUCGCGCUGGAGAGGACUGGUGGGUCUACUCCAAGGGUUCGAUGAGCCGGGAGGCUCCUCCCGCACUUCUCCGCUGGAUGGACGGGGCAGCGUCUUGGUGGACGCAGCGUAUGGAUGUGGGAGAUAUGGCCAUGUUCUGUUCCCAGAGAACUCGCAUGAGGCAGCUUUACAGGCAAGAGAAGGAGGACGGAGGAGGCCUGACCGAGCGGAUCUUGAAAGGACCAGCGAGGGGCUGGGGCUCGAGAGUGUUCUUCUCAGAUGACGGGUCAACUGCUGUGGAGGUCGCGCUGAAGAUGGCUAUGAGGAAGUUCAUGCGAACGCACUCGCUGCUGGAGAAGUCGCCAGAGGAGCUGUCGAAGUUGAAGGUCCGCAUCAUGGGCCUCAAGGGGUCGUAUCAUGGAGACACUCUUGGAGCCAUGAACGCGCAAGCCCCGUCCGUGUUCACAGGCUUCAAGCAGAUGCCCUGGUACGACCCCAAGGGUGUCUGGCUCGACAUCCCAACGCUAGCCAUCGUCAAGGGAGAGUGGCGCAUCGACCUGUCUGCCAUCCCUCAAGCUGGGAAGCAGCUCUUGACAUGCCGAAGCGUUCGGUGUCCUCCCUGGCCACGUCGUACAGAAAGUAUAUCACGUCACAUUUCGACAACUUGCCCGAUGAGGCGACUAAUCUCAUGUGACCAGCAAGUGUUUGACGCAUAUCGACAGAACAUCAAGAUAGGAGCUCUGGUCCUCGAGAUCGCCAUGCAUGGAGCUGGAGGGAUGGAUUUCAUCGACCCUCUCUUUCAGCGCAUCCUCGCGGAGGAGGCGACGAAGCGCCGCAUCCCAGUCAUAGCCGAUGAGGUCUUCAGCGGCAUGUGGAGGCUUGGAAUGCAAACAGCCUGUAGCAUGGGAGGCUUCCAUCCUGAUAUUGCCUGCUAUUCAAAGCUUCUCACAGGAGGAACGGUCCCUCUGGCGCUCACGGUAGCCUCCGAAGAUGUCUUUCAGGCGUUCACAGGUAGCGAGAAGAGCGAAGCUCUGCUGCACGGCCAUUCCUACACCGCCCAUCCCAUCGGCUGCUCCGUCGCCAUCGCUGCCUUCGACAUCUUUUCAGAUCCCGAGCUCAAUCCCAACCUCUCCGCCAAGCAGGACAAGCUGGUGGAGCUCUGGCCCAUGGACAAAGUCGUCGCGCUCUCCCAGCGAGCAGUGGUCAAGAGAGUCGUUCCUCUUGGCACCGUACUUGUUCUUGAGCUGCAGACUGUUGGGAGCUCCGAACAGGCGUUCGAGGGGUACGCCUCUUCCCUAGCCAAGCCCUACGUGGAGAAGCUGAGAGAGAGGGGCAUCUUCUUGCGACCUCUUGGGAACGUGAUGUACGUCAUGGUCACGCCGACAACAAGCCCGAGCAAGUGUAGAGAGAUACUAGAUCUGAUCGCCGACGUGAUCCCAGCAUAA